UCCGCGGAGAGAGUGCCCACGAUGAACCUGGAGCUGCUCGAAUCCUUUGGGCAGAACUAUCCAGAGGAAGCUGAUGGCACAUUGGACUGUAUUAGUAUGGCCCUCACCUGUACUUUUAACAGAUGGGGCACUCUUCUAGCAGUAGGAUGUAACGAUGGCCGGAUUGUCAUCUGGGACUUCUUGACCAGAGGCAUAGCUAAAAUCAUAAGUGCCCAUAUCCAUCCGGUCUGUUCAUUAUGUUGGAGUCGGGAUGGCCACAAAUUGGUGAGUGCGUCAACUGAUAAUAUGGUAUCUCAGUGGGAUGUACUGACUGGUGAUUGUGACCAGAGGUUUCGGUUUCCUUCGCCUAUCUUGAAGGUCCAGUACCACCCCCGAGAUCAGAACAAGGUAUUGGUAUGUCCUAUGAAAUCCGCCCCAGUCAUGCUAACAUUGUCUGACUCAAAACAUGUCAUCCUGCCAGUGGAUGAUGAUUCUGAUCUAAAUGUGGUGGCUUCUUUUGACCGGCGAGGGGAAUAUAUUUAUACAGGGAAUGCCAAAGGGAAGAUUUUGGUCUUGAAGACGGACACCCAAGACCUCGUUGCUUCUUUCAGAGUAACAACGGGCACCAGCAACACUACAGCCAUUAAAUCCAUUGAAUUUGCUCGGAAAGGAAGUUGCUUUCUAAUAAAUACAGCUGAUAGAAUAAUCCGAGUCUAUGAUGGUCGGGAAAUCUUGACGUGUGGUAGAGAUGGAGAACCAGAGCCAAUGCAGAAACUUCAGGACUUAGUGAACAGGACACCUUGGAAGAAAUGCUGUUUCUCUGGUGAUGGGGAAUAUAUUGUUGCAGGGUCAGCACGCCAGCAUGCAUUAUACAUCUGGGAGAAGAGCAUUGGAAACCUAGUGAAAAUCCUUCACGGCACCAGAGGGGAGCUGUUGCUGGAUGUAGCAUGGCAUCCUGUCCGACCUAUCAUCGCCUCCAUUUCUAGUGGUGUGGUAUCCAUUUGGGCGCAGAAUCAAGUGGAAAAUUGGAGUGCCUUUGCACCUGAUUUUAAGGAGCUGGAUGAAAAUGUAGAGUAUGAAGAGCGGGAAUCUGAGUUUGACAUAGAAGAUGAAGAUAAGAGUGAACCAGAACAGACAGGUGCUGAUGCUGCAGAGGAUGAGGAAGUGGAUGUAACCAGCGUAGACCCCAUUGCUGCUUUCUGUAGCAGUGAUGAAGAACUGGAAGACUCCAAAGCAUUGUUGUAUUUGCCUAUUGCUCCCGAAGUGGAAGACCCAGAAGAAAACCCCUAUGGCCCUCCACCAGAUGCGGUCCAGACUGCCAUUCCUGAUGAGGGAAUAGGCUCUGAAAAGAAGAGGCAGUCACUGUCUGACGGACCUCAGCCACCAAAGAAGAAGCCCAAAACAACCAAUAUAGAACUGCAGGGAGUACCUAAUGAUGAAGUCCAUCCGCUGCUGGGUGUGAAGGGAGAUGGUAAAUCCAAGAAGAAGCAAGCAGGCAGGCCUAAAGGAUCAAAAGGUAAAGAGAAAGAUUCUCCAUUUAAACCGAAACUCUACAAAGGGGACAGAGGUUCUUUACCUCUGGAAGGAGCAGCGAAGGGUAAAGUGCAGGCGGAGCUGGGACAGCCCUUGCCAGCCGGUGGCGGGAUCUCAGAACUCUUAUGAAGACAUCCCCUAUCCUACCUACCUUUUAUUUCCUGCCUUGGCACCAUAAUGUGGAGUAAGAUCAAGACGGUCAGACAGAUAAUGAACUGACCUUAAGUUAAUAUGGUAAGGACAAGUAACCGUGCUGCCUAUGGAUACAGGGAAUGACAUUUUAAAAGAUGCAAAUUAUGGAAGAGGAAAAUGUUCUCCCUCUGAACCUCUCUUAUUGCUAACAGUGAAAGAAGGUGCUGACUCUCAGGAAAGAAGGUUUGUACAGAACCUGGUCGAACUGCUUUCUGUUUAGAACUCCCUAAUUAUAAAGAUUCCUGACACAGGACAAAGAGAUCACCACGCUGCCAAGCUGAGGUCUUGCAUUAUGUUUCUUU